AUGCCGCCAGGGCGCCAUCGUGGCACGCUCGUGUGCGUCGUGCUGAAGGCGAAAAACUUGCCUAAUAAGCGCUCGAUAGGCAAGCAGGAUCCCUAUGCGGAGCUGUCCGUCGGCGACGACACGCAGCGCACGCGCCCGGACAAAAGGGGUGGGCAGCACCCGCUCUGGGACGAGCAGCUGCACUUUGAGAUCUACGAUGGCAUGCAAAACGCCCUUGCGCCGGACGGCGCAAGCGGCCACGCGCUCGGCAUCGCCUGCUUUGCGCUCGACAAGGAGUCGGACAUGAUCGGCGAGGGCACGCUCGCCCUCGACCACGUCCUGCAGCACGGCGAGCACGACCAGUGGAUUCCACUCACCAAGAACGAGCGGUACGCGGGCGAGGUAUACGUCGAGCUCACAUUUUACUCGCUCGACAUACCCAAGUACGGCAGCGUGGGACAGGGGCCGCCGCCGACCACGCCGGGCACGCCGGGCUCCUCGAUCCGCACCGCCAGUCCGGUGCGCGUCGCGACGCCGGUGCGCACCACGUCUACCUCACAGGUGCUCGCGCCACGCUCCGCAUCAGGCACCGUGCCGCCGCUUCUCCAGCCAGGGCACCUCACCGCGCCGCCGGGCACGUAUACCCCCCCGUAUUCCCACGCGGAGCACGCCAGACAGGACCGCCGCGUUCCCCCGGUGCCGACGCGCGCCUGGACCACGGAGAAUGUAGCGCCGACGUCCCCGUCGAGCACCGCACGCCACCACUCGGUGCCGUGCGCUGCGCCCGCUCCGGCGACGAUCCUGCCGCCGCCGCGCAGGUACGACCAGCGGGGCGUGCACAGCCCCCCGCGCGUCCGCACGCCGCCGCUCCGCUCGCCCCACGCACCUGCACCCGGCGCCGCGGUGCCGCGCUCCGAUAGUCUGCCGCUCCUUGCGCCAGGCGCGCCAAGCACAGACACGGCGCCGCCGUCGCCAGGCGCGUACGGCCUCUCGCCGAUCCGCUCGCCCAGCGCGCCGAGCACGCUGCCCGGCUCGAGCUUCGCGUACUCGGCGAGCGGCCAGUGGCUCCCGCCACUCACAGCCGACGACUCUGCUGCGUCGCUGCCCGACAUGCUCUCGCCGUGGCGCGCGCCGGACGACACGUCGUACGACACGUCGUACGAGGACGCGUCGCGGCACUCGCGGCACAUGCUGCAGCGGCCUACGCGCGCCGUCACGACGGACGCCGAGGCGAUCGAGGCGGCGGCGGCCGCGCUCAUGUCGCCCCACGCCGCCGAGCUGUCUGCGCACGAGGCGAUCUACGGCCGGAACACGUCGAUCGACACGUCGCGCCCCCUGCCGUCGCCGACGACGCGGCGCCCGCUUCCGACUCCCCAAAAAGGCACGAACCGCUUGGCGAGCGUAUCGCUCGACAUGCCGCGCACCGCGACGCCCGCGCGCGCGUCGUCGCCCCUGGCCUCGCCCCUGGCCUCGCCCCACGCCGUGCCUCGCGCAUCGUCGCCACUGCCGACGCCCCCCCGCGCGUCGUCGCCCAUGAGGCUCUCGCCGUUGACGAUCCCUACGUCGCCCGGCGGCGUGCCUGCGCGUGUCCCGUCGCCGCGGUCCACGGUGCGUGUCCCGUCGCCCCACACCCCUGUCUAUGCCUCCCCCCUGGCUGCACCCCCCCGGGCGUCGACGCCGCCGCCUGCGUACGCGCCGAUGCUUCCCCCCCGGAGUUCGCCGCCCUUGCCGCCGUUACCUCCUUCGUAG